AUCUCACGAACAUAUUCCACGAAAAAAGCGAAUUGGAGAUCGAGAAAAUGGAGAAAAUGGUGGGAGCAGAAUAUCUAACACCACCGCACGAGCACCGCUUUCUCCAUCGCUACUUCUCGUUCGAAAACCCAAGAUUUCAGUACUGAUUUCACCUUCUCUUUGCCCAAUCAACCCCUUCUCGACGCAUUACAAUGAUGAAUUGAGUGCUCUGUAAUCCGUGUAUAUCCAAUUAUUCUUCCUUUCAGCUCCGUCUCUCCUGUUCGACAUCUCCAGGACCUCAGUAGCUGAUACAAAAUUCUAAUACUGCCUUCUGGUGAGUUCAGGAAAACUAUGGAUUUGGAUGGAAGCAGCAGUUUAGUGGUCCCUGAAGGAUCUGGAUCAAUUCCAGCCGGACAUGUACAAGCAAGGAGACAUACAGCUUAUUAUCAUUUUACACAACAGAGCCUCCCAGCUUGUAAGCCUGUGUUGACACCUACAUGGGUUAUUACUGUUUUCCUAUUAAUGGGAGUUCUUUUCAUUCCUGUUGGGCUUGUUGUCCUUCAUACUUCCCGCAGUGUUGCUGAAAUUGUAUACAGAUAUGAUGCUGAAUGUGUACCCCUUUCAUAUAAAAAUAAUAUGGUGGCAUAUAUCAAAGAUAGUUCAUCUCCUAAACUUUGUUCUGCGACCUUAAAGGUCAACAGAACUAUGAAAGCUCCAAUUUAUAUCUACUAUCAACUAGAUAACUACUAUCAAAACCACCGAAGGUAUGUCAAAAGUAGAAGUGAUAAGCAGCUCUUACAUGGACUGGCCUACAACGAUACAAGUUCCUGCAAACCAAUACAGUCGCAUAAUGGUCUUCCAAUUGUUCCUUGCGGGUUGAUAGCAUGGAGUUUGUUCAAUGACACAUAUACGUUUGCCCUUGGGAGUUCUGAAUUGAAGGUGAACAGGAAGAACAUUGCAUGGAAAAGUGACCGUGAGCACAAGUUUGGAAAGCAUGUAUAUCCUUUCAACUUCCAAAAUGGAACCUUAAUUGGUGGAAGAAAUCUAGAUCCAAAUAUUCCUUUGAGUGAUCAUGAAGAUCUAAUUGUCUGGAUGCGCGCUGCUGCUCUUCCAAGCUUUAGAAAGUUAUAUGGUAGAAUUGAAGAAGAUUUGCAUGCUGAUGAUGUUCUAGAUAUCAAGAUAAUGAACAACUACAAUAGUUACAGCUUUGGUGGUAGAAAGAAGCUUGUCAUUUCAACAUCAAGCUGGUUGGGGGGAAGAAAUGAUUUCCUUGGAGUUGCCUACAUUUUUGUGGGAUCUUCUUCGCUCUUGAUUUCUAUUUUCUUCACAUUGUUACACAUGAAAUCGAGGCCCUAUGGUGAAACAAACUAUUCAACUUGGAAUAAAAGAAGCAGUUCUAGUUAAUGGUUUUUAUUGGUUCGAGUUAAGGAACUAGAGCAGGUGGUUUCCAUAGAAUCGAGCACACGUUUUGUUCUUAUGGGGUGUAAGUUACAAAGAAAGAAUGAUUUAGGUAUACUUGUUUGAGCAUGACUGUUCAUUAGCCUGUUAUCUUUUCAUUUCAAUCCUGGAUAAACAAACAUUUCAAUAUUGCCAGGGUUGAAUGUGGGAACCAUUUUUCUUUGUAAAUUUGUUUGUACUAGCUCAAUCUAUAAACAGAACUUCAGAAGUAUUAAAUGGACAUUUCUAACAUGAUAUUUUGUAGU